CCUGUCAGAUUAGUUGGUGGAAUUUAACAUUGGUAUUGGCAUUAAACAACAAGAAACAAGGAAGGUGUAUUUCCCCGGGACCACGCCUUCUGAGAGCGACUCAAUAUAAGGCAGAUGCACAGAGAGCUGAAUCAAUUGACUGAGAGAUGGCAACCACAGUGAACAUAGUGUCGAGGAAGCAGUGGGGAGCGGCUGCUCCGAAGAAGGUGGCGCAGAAGGUGUCCUCCGCUCAGAGAGUGAUUAUCCACCACACCGCCAACCCAAAGUGCCGCAGCCACAGCGAGUGUGUGAGCCGCGUCGCCAGCAUUCAGAGGGACCACAUGACGGCGAGAGAGUUCGAUGACAUCGGGUACAAUUUCCUUGUGGCAGCAGACGGGGCGGUGUUUGAGGGCCGUGGCUGGGGUGCAGUUGGUGCUCAUGCCAAAGGCAACAAUCAUGACUCACUUGGAGUUGCCUUCAUGGGAAACUUUACAAAUGAAUCACCGAGCUCUGAAGCGAUUUCUUCAGUCAAGCAGCUGCUGCAGUCCGGAGUGUCUCAGGGCUUCAUAAAGCCACAGUUCGUCCUGAUUGGACACAGAGAUGUGGGAGACACUGAAUGUCCCGGAGGGAAGCUUCACGCUGUGCUACAACAACUGAGGAGCACAUAAAGCUUUUUUUUUUCAAAGGUUUUAAGGGCAAAUCAGUUCCCUGGCUUCAAACAGACCUUGUUAAUGCUAUAAACUUGAUGAUUCAAAUAAAACAUUAACUCUUA